UCAUUCCAGUUCGACUCGCGAUUUAGUUCAAAAGAACCGAUUCAAUGAUUCGCGAUCACGAAUCAAACAUCACUAAAAGAACAAACAGUCCGUCUGCCAGACCGGUGAGCUGAAUGAAAUGAGCAGAUCAGGUUUCUGACCCCUCCAUGGAAGAGGCCAGCGAUGAGGGGCUUUUACUCAAAGCUGGAUACCUCAUCUUUGGGCAUGUCUGUGCCUCUGAACCUGGCCGUGGAGACUGAGAAAGCUCAGGCCCUGCUCCAGACCUUCAGCACUGCCUCUCUGUUAGCCAGCGCAGGCCUGGGCGCUUUCUCCUUCCUCAUCGACCACUUUCUGACGCUCCCCUUCAUCCAACACCAUCUGUGGCUCAGGGCUGUCCUUGAUAACGCCGUCCAUGGCAUCAUCGGACUCUGGUCCUGGGCCAUCGUGAUUGGGUUGAGGAAGAAAAGUGACUUCUAUGAAGUCGUCUUGGCUGGGUUUCUGGCCUCUAUCAUUGACCUGGACCACUUCUACUUGGCUGGAUCGUUAUCGCUCAAAGCUGCUGUGAAUCUGCCGCACAGGCCUCCUCUGCACUGCUCCAGCCUGAUCCCACCGCUGUGCGUGUCUCUGCGCCUCCUCAUGUGGGCUUGUCGGCUCAAGGACUCCUGGUGCUCCCUGCCCUGGAUGCUGUUCAUCUCGCUGACGUCACACCACAUCCGCGACGGCGUCCGCCACGGCCUCUGGGUGUUUCCGUUCGGCAACACGGCGCCCAUCUCCUAUUGGCUGUACGUCACCAUCACAGCCACCCUCCCUCACCUGUGCUCCGUGCUCAUGUAUCUGACCGGCACGAGAGACAUGAUCUCCACCAAACACGGAGUCGCCAUAGACGUCUGAUACACUGUCUUAAUUGUGGAUGUUUGUUCGUUUGUUUAUGGUUCCCAGCACAAACGUGGCACUGGAAAUAUUUUAUCAGCUCUUCUCUGCAUCUUUGCCAUUCCAACACUAUUUGUCCUUUUUCCUUCAGAGAUUUCCAGUCUGUUUGAUACUUUUAACUACUGUAGUUGUUCAGGUAUCAGUGUGAAAUCAGGUUGCAUUGACUGAAGACUGUGAAUAUUUUAAUAUGUGAGGUUUAGCUUUGGGCGAAGUUACAUUCUAGAUCUAUUUUGCAGCAUUUUUAGUACAAAAUUUCCUAUAAAAUCGAUCUCAGAGCAAGUAGAGAAGUGACAAGAAAUUUUGCAGGUUUUUGACCAAUUAAUUAAGGAAUUUCAGUGUAUGUAUGUAAAUAUACACACAGAAGUCAACAUUUGAAGUGGAUCAAAGCCUUUCACCAAAGUUAUACAUGAAUUUUGAACAAUACCUGUUCUUGUCUUAGAAGUUCGAUACACUUUUGAUCCACUUCACAUUUUUGCUACUGGUACCCUGGUGGUUUUUUUUUUUUUUUUUUUUUUUUUUUUCAUAGAAAAGGCCUCAAAAUGCUCUACAUAUCUUCUGAUCUGGAGCCAAAUUCUCAGUUAUAGUACUAGAUAAUAUUUAAUGUUGGUUAAUAUUUAAAAGAUUCAUUUUAGCCAGUAUAGCAAUAGUAAUACCUACAUAAUGUAUAUUAAAACACCACCCAAAGGCUUCAGUGAGCGAUUUGAGUGAAAAAUAUAAAUAAGCAAAUUGUUUGCAUUAUCAAUCAAUUUUUGCCAAAAUAAAAGGCCUAUUAGAGUCGCUUUCAAAACAAGCAGCUUUCUGUUGGCAAAUCUGUAUAACUAACUUAAAUACUGGGAAAUCUUUCAGCCUCUUGCAAAUCCCGAUCACUUCUAUUACUGCUCAUUAAUGCCCAUGAUGAUACUAGUUUACAGUAGUAGUUAACUUAAAAAAAAAAAAAAAAAAAACAUUUGCUAAUAAUUUACUCGCCCCCAUGUAAU